AUGACAUUCUCGCACUGGGAUCCACCCGUACCUCUGUGGUCCGCGACGGACAAGUCGUCUUUCGCCUACGAGUCCACCUCCAAACGAUGGCCCGAGAUCUUGGCUGGGACAAUCAGCGGCCUGGUCAAUGCCGCGCAUGCCCUCUCUUACCAGGACGAUGGUGAAAAUGUGACGGGCAAGAUGGAAGAGAGCAAAGUCAUCAUCGAGAAGCUGAGCAAGCUGAAACAUGACAUGGGAAGAGAUAGGCCGCUCGAAGCGAUUGGUUUGAGCGAAAGCGAUGAGUCGGGCACUGCAGAAUUCGACGAGGUGGUCAAGCAGAAGGGCUGGACCUGGUUCAAUGCGCCGUGUAAGCGCUGCCUUGAUCUUAUAGCGCGAUCGAUGACAUUGGCUGAAGCUCACUGUUGCGUUGAGCAGGGCUGUUUGCCGAGUGCUACCUGUACCGCCUCAUUCGAUCCUUUUUCGCUACGAGUCAACACUGGAAGUAGUACGUACGGCGGUGGCUGCGGAGACUCGCGCCUCUGGCUUUUAAAUCUCUCAUUGCUGUUGCUGACCUGACAUGCGCUUCCCGCCUUGCCCGCUGGCCUUCCUUCCUCAGCUACGACCCCUUUGCCGCGCAAAAGAUCUCGGCUUUUAGAAGCAGCGGCAAAGCGAUCAACGAGCUGGCAAAGACCGUGGAGGAACUCGUACGCAAAGCAGAGAGCGCUCAGACGUCCAACCCGAGCAAGGCUGCUGCUGAAGGUGGUGAAGGGCAGAAGGUGAGUUGGGACUGUCAAGAUGAUGACCAUCCUACUUCACGACUGACGUGCAAUGCGGCUGACAAAUCUGCACCAAAGCUCAUCUUCUACUUGCUGGCGCAAUCUUCGCUGUGGGGCAAUGCUGUAAGCGUGUCCUCCUAACAACAGGCUGCACAGCGUUCGCAAAGUGCUCACGACCUUUCCCACCUUCUCAAUCGCUAGACCGACCUUUCCUUGCUCACUUCUCUCUCGCACGCUGACAUUCAAGAUCUGCAAGCAGGUGGACUGAGCACCUCGGCCCAGGCCGAGCGAGCCAAGUACAUCCUGACCGGUCUCGGCGGCUUGGACCAGGCGUGGGCAAAGGUCAGCGCGGCGAAGGAUGGAAGGGUGGAUUUUGUGUUAGAUAAUGCUGGCUUCGAGGUCACUACGGAUCUGCUCUUUGCCGAUUGGCUGCUUGCAACAGGGCACGUCAAGGAAGUCGUCUUUCAUCCCAAGGUGAGAUGAGAGAAGGGAAAUGUAAUGGUUGUUGGCAUGUGUCCUCACCCUCAUAAGCGCUUCUCCUUUUCGACCUGCAGGUGCUCCCUUGGUUCGUAAGCGAUGUGACGCCGGCCGACUUCCAUUACACCCUCGCAGCGCUCCAAUCUUCCGACUUCUUUACGGAUGUCUCAGUCGGACAGAGCGACGGCGGCAAGAAAGCAGCAGAGAGCGCGACUGCGAAAGCAGAACUCGACGCGAGCUACUUUCUUAAGUGAGCAGCGAGCCCCUCCAACAUGCCAGAGUCUCACCAGCCGAACGCUGACUUGCGCUGCAAUACGUAGCGCUCAAGGCGCAUCCGUCCAGCCCUCGCAGUCGUACGUCAUCGAUACAUCAGCGGUCACUAAACGCGUUUCCGCUGCGCACACUGCAAGUGGUUCCACGGCCAUUCAGAGACUUGCAGCUCGAUGGAGCAAGCACUUAUCGGAGGGACGCUUCCGACUUGCUUUCGAUGGCAAGCUGGGGCAAGCAGCAGGCCCACUGGGUGAUUUCUGGACAUCUUUCCAUGUGAGUGCAAGGAACCUCAAGCACAUCAGGUAUUCUGUUCAUCAGGCUUCCGACCUGCGUGCUCGCCUAGUCCUAUGCCGACUUGCCAACUGCGGCUCCAGAUCUCAACGCCGACCUUCGGAAGUCGAGCCUCGUCAUCUUCAAAGUGAGAGCACCACCGGACAUUCCAUUCUUAAAUCAUUCCUUCCUCGGCCGCUUACCUUCUCAUUUCUAUUUGCCGUCUAUCAGGGAGACUUGAAUACUCGUAAAUUGCUCUCGGACGCUCGGUGGCCCGACACUGCGCCGUUUGACCAAGCAAUGGGACCGCUGGCCGGACGGUUCGAUACGCUUGUCUUGCGCACGUGCAAAGCGGACGUCUGUGCAGGCUUGAGCCAGGAGAGAUUCGAAGCUGUGCAGAGGGAGGAUCGUGAGUGCCACGCGCAGCUGGAUUCUCCCUGCGCGCAGAGCUGACAAGAACGUCUUCUCUCCAUCCUGAUGACUCGCACCACUGCUCUGGCCGAUCGUCCUUCCUUGACGGCAUGAAUGCGCAGCGAAAUGGCGCGUCAAUGGCAGGUGGGCCAUCAUUGUGUAUGUCGCCCGCAGUUAG